GACGCCGCGCCGCCAUAUUGAAUUCAUAUUUGCCUUGUCCAGGCUCUGGAUGGUUCUUUCUUCCUGCUCAUUGUGCGUCUUGGUGUCCCUCUAGUGUUGCCAGGAGCCCCCAAACCCCCCGAAAUCCGAUCAUCCGUGACGCGAGAUGGCCAAGAAGGACCGUGCAUACAAGAUUGGCGAUUUGGUGUUCGCCAAAGUUAAAGGUUACCCGCCAUGGCCGGCAAAAAUAGUGAAGCUGUCCGGCAACAAGAAGUACAAUGUCUAUUUCUACGGCACCGGCGAGACGGGCUACAUCAAGGUGGAGGAUUUGUUCGCGUACGUGGAGAGCAAGGCAAAGCUGGCUACGGAGAAGCACAUGAAGAAGCCACAGUUCAAAGAGGCCAUCGAGCAGAUUGAGGCUGCUCUCAAAGGUCAGGACUCGGCGCCAAUUGAUAUGCCAUUGGCGGAGACAGAGUCGGCCGAUGACACGGCGCCCACGGACUCCAGCCAGCUCGACAUCAAGUCAGAUCCGGACGUCGAGGAUUCGCCACAAGUGGAGAAGGCGAAGGGCAAGCAAUCGGCCAAGAAGGCAGCGCAGAAGAACGAGACUCCAAAGGCGAAGGCCGAGAAGGCAGAGCCGAAAGCUGAAGUGAAGAAUGACGUUGUCGCGCCGGAUGAGACACCCGCGAGUCCUGUUAAGGACAACGGAGCAGAGGUGACGAGUCGCAGCGGGAGGAAAAUCAAGCCCAAGAAAUACCUGCUCGAGGAGGUGGAGGAACUUCCGGUAACACCGAAAAGGAAGACUGGCUCGCUGGACAACACAAAUGCGGAUUUGAAGCCACCGAAGAUAGCAAAACUGGACAAUGAUGUGGCACAAGACGAUAAAAUUAAACUGCAUCUGAAGAAUCAGGGAAAGUUGAUUGACUUGACCACCCGGAUUAAGGCCACCCUCGGAUUGCAGAGCGCAAAUCCGGAGGCGUGCGUGAAACUCCUCGAGGAGUACAACGAUUUGGAGAUCACGCCGAUAAUGUUGCUCAAGAAUCCCGCGUGCGUGGAGACCGUGAAGCGUCUCAGAAAGUACGUGGGCAACGUGAAGCAGUGGGUGAUGUCUGAUCAGGAGAAGGAGGAAUUUGAGCUGAACGCUGUUGAAGUCAGAAAGCGAUCUCAGUCGAUAUAUACGCAAUUCAAGAAAAUGUUCAUAAACAGUGAUGGAACGCCGUUCUGGGAGUUUUUCACGAAGGAGCUGGAACUGUUCAACAGCACCACGAAAUCACUGACGAUGGAGGAACUCGUGCAGAUGACGGAUUUGCCGGAGGCGCAGAAACAUCUUUCAGCUAUUGCGAUCGUCAAUGAUAAGUCUACGAAAGAAAAUCAGACGCCCAACGAUCAUCUCCCGGACAUCGCGGUGAAAAUGGAGGCGGAGCAAGAUGAUACGGUGACCAAUUCCACCGCGGAAGCCUGAAGAAUCCGUUUUCAGGAAGAUUGACCUUUUUUUUCCUUUUGAAGUUGUUAGAUUUCCCCGCCAAGAAGGUGAAGAGAGAAGAAGUGGAUUGAGAAGAGAAAUCAAGCAAUUGAUUCCACAUUAGCCAGGAUAUAAAGAAGAAAUGAAAUAAAUUUAAGAGCUAACUUUA